GUCGAGCCCUGGGUUACAUUACAGCGUCCAAAACAGGUCUAACGAAGUCAGAACUGGAAGAUAUCUUAUCAUGUGAUGAUAUUGUGCUCGCUGACGAAGUCUUUAAAUACCACGUUCCCCCAAUCAGAAGACUGCCCCCGUUACUGUGGACACGACUCAGGAACGACCUAGGUAGUUACUUAGUCAAAGUAGCAGCAGAUGGUCACGUGGUGUACAAGUGGUAUCACAGAUUGUUCCUGGAGGCUGCGAGAAGUUACUUUCUAGGUGAUAAGCCUUUUACAGACUCACUUCACAGAGAUCUGGCAAACUACUUCAAUGGCAGGUGGGCACGCGAGGCAAAGCCGUACACAGAUAAGCAAGGUAACAUAAGAAGUGCUCACAGGAUGGUGGCGGACCAACCGCUGAUACUAAGUACUGAGGUCGAGGAAAGAAUGGAUUUGGAAGAUGAAGAGGCUGGACCCAGAUACAAUUUGCGUAAAUUGAGUGAGCUCCCUUACCAUUUAAUACGAUCUGAGAUGUGGAAUGAAUUUGUGGAGAUUGUAUGCCAGAUUCCGUGGCUCAUGGCAAAAUGCAAGGCUGGCAAAGCUUUUGAACUCACCCUAGAACUCUCCGAGGCCUCGCUGAAAUGCGCCAAAGACAAAUCAGCUAUCAUCGAAGAUGUUUACAGCUUUUGUGUUCAUCCACAUCAUGCCGAUUUACCAUGCCCAUUUAUGGAAAACUGA